UAAGCGCUAUCACUACACAGUGGGCCAGUAUUGCGCCAGCCACCCAGUCAGUCUUGUGCGUCCUAUCGUCUGGUCUGACGCUGCUGCUGCUGCCGCCGUUUCAACUGAAAUCUACCGCCUCGCUCGUAUUUCCAGCCCAAGAAGAAAGAAAUAAUUGGACACGAGUGUCAUUCUCCCUUUCUCCAAUUGUGAGAGUGCCUGUCUAUGUUGCCGGAGAAUUAUCUCCAGUGGAUGUUGUCAGUGUGGUUCUGCAGCCAGUGUGUGUACGCGACGCGGCCAUGAGUUAGAAAGUGUGUGGCGUCACGCGUGACACUUCCCUCUCAAUCGAGACUACUAAGCCCAGUGUGUGUGUGUGUGUGUGAGAGUGUGUGUGUAUGUUAGAGAGAAGGGAUAUCUGUAUUUCUGUUUUGGGAGCCAGUUGAAAAUGCUCUGUAGACAGACUCAGUUCUCUUGACAAACCAAAAUAAAGGAGGGCCAAACAUUAUUUCGCGAGUCGACUGUGAUGUGCGUGAGUCAAUCUGGCCGGCCGUGCCCCCAAAGUAGCGAAAACGACGAAAAUUGACACUACGAUGUACGCGAAAGGCAAAGGGUCCACGGUACCCUCGGACGCCCAAGCUAGGGAGAAGUUAGCAUUAUAUGUCUACGAGUACCUGCUGCAUGUGGGCGCCCAAAAAGCCGCACAGACAUUUCUAUCCGAGAUUCGGUGGGAGAAAAACAUCACGUUAGGAGAACCACCCGGAUUCCUUCAUUCAUGGUGGUGUGUAUUUUGGGACUUGUAUUGCGCGGCGCCGGAACGCCGAGAUACGUGCGAUCACUCCAGCGAAGCCAAAGCCUUUCACGACUAUGGUUUCGUCAAUUCCGGCUAUGGCGUCAACGGCAUCGCCCACAAUGCCGGUCCAGUGCCGAGCCCGCUUGGCCAGAUGGCGCCAGGAGACGGCAUGCCAGGAGGCCCGAUGCCGCACGGAUUCUUUCCAAAUUCGGCGAUGAGGCCGUCACCGCCUACUCACCCCGCCUCGCAGCCCUCGCCACAUCCUCAGCCGCCUACACCACACUCUCAGAUGAUGCCGGGACAGCCGUUUAUGGGACCACGUUAUCCAGGCGGACCGAGACCAGGCAGCGUUCGGAUGCCUCAAAUGGGACCUGAAUUCGGAGGGCCUCCCGGCCAACCGAUGAUGCCCAACAGUCUGGAUCCCACUCGGCAAGGUGACGGCGAGUUCGUAGGUUGGCAAGGUCCUCCGAUGUCCGGCAUGGGUCCCAGACUCGGUGGUCCUAGAGGCCCGGGAGGAAUGGGGCCGAUGGGUCCUGGAGGUCCUGGCGGAGUUCCGGGAGGAUAUGGCCCUGGACCGGGAAUGAGAGGGCCAGGUCCCGGUAUGAUGGGCCCUGGCGGUCCAAUGGGUCCCGGAGGCGGUGUUCCGGGCGGGCCCGGUGGACCUCUACCAAACAUGGGUGGCAUGGGUGGACCUGGCGGACCCAGGCCUCAGUGGCAACCGAAUUCAUCAACGCCAAUGAACUAUCCAUCUUCAUCGCCUGGAAACUACGGGGGUCCACCCGGCUCUGGACCACCAGGUCCCGGCACACCCAUCAUGCCUAGCCCACAAGAUUCGUCUAGUUCAGGAGGGGACGGCAUGUACACGAUGAUGAAAUCUGUGCCGGGUGGAGCCAUGCCAGGACAGGACUUCCCGAUGGGUGGCGGACCUGAAGGAGGUCCCAUGGGACCGAUGGGUCCUUCAGCUAUGGGCCCAGUUAUGAACGGCGGUGAUGGUCUGGACGGCAUGAAAAGUUCUCCAGCAAACGGUGGCCCGGGAACGCCACGUGACGACGCCGGUGGGAACGGCGGCGGAGGUGGGGGCGGAGGAAUGGGUGACUACAACCUAGGCGGCUUCGGGGGCCCCAAUGAAAAUGAUCAAACGGAGUCGGCGGCCAUCUUGAAAAUCAAGGAAAGCAUGCAGGAGGAAGCCAAGCGAUUUGAGACCGAUUCCGACCAUCCCGAUUACUUCAUUCAGUGACCACCUUGCCCUUUUUUUUACCCUUACCAUAAGACAUCUGCGCACACACACACACAUAUACAACACACCUUGAAAAACGAAACACAUGAUCGCGCGUUUGGUUGACUGUUGGAGAGACAACGACAAAGAACGUUUUGGCGCACAUAAAAAUACCUUCAACACUUUCUAUUUUACCUGUUUCUUUUACACUCCCUCCGUCUUUAUAUGGCUGAUAAAUUACUCUUCCAUCAACGUAACGUUUUCCAUCAUUUCCUCCCUUCCAACGGUUUCGGUAUUUCCCCAUAUUUUGCCUCCUUCCUUCCGUUUUUUGAAUCUCGAUUCCGUCCGCUUCUCAUUUUUACUGGAUUCCCCUCUUUGAUUUUAAAUCUUCCACAAAUUUGUUUUUCUUCUUCCUACUAUUUUCCCUUUUGUUGAAACUAUUAUCAAAACCCAACACACAAAUGUUUCUCAAUUCUCCCUUUUACAUGACGAAGGUGGAAAACGUGCGGUGAAUCUGUGUCUGCAUGUUUGCUCUUCCAAACUAACAGCAAAACAAACAACGUGUGUGUGUUUGUCUUGUUCAUUUUUCUAUUCCCAUCUCUCUCUCUCUCUCUCUCUCUCUCUCCAUCUAUUAUCAAAAACAUAUUUACUGUUUAAUGUGUAAGCAGUCGUCCAGUAUCAGAACUGAAAGAGAUAUCCAGUUCUUCCGGUGGGUAGGGAGGAGCUGAGGGUGGGGCAUCCCGUAACAACGUUCUAUUUCAGGUGUUUUUGUGGCGAAAGCCGUUCAUCAUCAUUAUCUUUAUUUUUUAUGGUUUUUCCUUACCGAAUAAUCAUCAUACCGUAUGAAAAACCAGAUAGAAAAAUCGAACAAAAAAUAAACUAAAGAAACAAAAGAAUAAAAAAUAGAGAGAAAAUAAAAGAAAUCAUGAAAACCAGAAACGGUUCCUUGGCGGAUGCUGAAAAGUCCUACAUACAAUUAUACAUACAUAUACUAUUGCCCAAUCCCUCAAUCCAUUUUACCAUUUCUCUUCCGUUACCAAAUGGUAUACAUAACAAAGAAAAAACACAUUUACCUAAAAAUGAUUUCUAUAAAUACAUGUUUUCUUCCUUCCCUGCUCUGCUUUGGUUCAAAAUGUUUUUUUCUUGUCGCAAGAGAACAUCAGAGAGAGUAUUUCCUACAUGUUUAUGUUUUACUUUUUGGCAAAGGAACGGUACCAGUUCCUGCUAAAGAUCGACCGGUGUGUCUUGUACCUUUUUUCUUUCAUAUUAUUAAAAAACAGUCCAUUUUGUUAUUUUUUUGCUAUUUUUCACACAACUAUUCAUCCACACCUACUCUUCAAUUCGUUUAAUUCUCCCACCACGUCACCCCAGCCCAGAACUUCCAGUCAUACGUAGAUAAAAAGCUACAGAAAUGUUGUUUAAGUUCGAUUGGUGAUGCAUCUCUUAUAAGGAGCCAGUGAUUUGCCUAAAUUUGACUGCGUUCACGGAAUACUACAACAAAAAAUUGUCUAACUGAAGAAAAUUUACAAUAUGAAUUGUUUUCCAAUUAAAUUUUUUUUUUUCUGUUUGAUUAUAUUUCCCUCUUUCUGUUACGAGUCAGUGAGUCACCAUAAUUAUAUUGUCAUUGUUCUACCACAGCAAAACGUUUUUUUUGUAUUGAUCCGGAAACUGAAUGAUAUAAAAAUAUGUGAAAAACAA